AUGGAAUUGAUCUUUCUCGCUUUCUGUCUGUCUGCUUUCCAGUUUUUCUCUGUCUCUUUCCCCUUCUCUCUUUCCAUCUCUCUCUCUUUCUCUCUGUCUUUUUUUACUCUUUCUCAAUCUCACAAUGUCUCUCUACUCUUUCUCUCUGCUGAUCUUUCUCUCUGUUUCUUUCUCCCUCUUUCUCUCCUUUUUUUCUCACUCUUUCUUUUUCUGUGUCUCUCUCCUUUCUUUCUUUCAAUUUCUCUUUCUAUCAUUUUUAUUCAGUCUCUCACAUUUUCUCAUUCUCUCUCCAUAUCUCUUCCUCUUUCUCACUCUACUCAUCUUUCUCUCUCUCUCCCUCUCUCUCUCUCUCUCUCUCUGUCACUGUUUAUCUUUCUCUCCAUCUUUCUCACACUUUUUCUGUUUCUUUCCUUCUUUCUUUUUCUCAGUUUCUCUUUCUCUUUUUCACUCUUUCAUUUUGUCUUUUUCACCCCUUCUCUCUCUCUGACACUAUCACUUUACAUAUCGCUUACUCUAUCUCUUUCUCUCUCUCUCUCUCCUCCUCUUUCUCUCACUUUUCUCUCUUCCUCUUCCUCUUUCUCUCAAUUUUUAUCUUGCCCCAUCCAUCUCUCUCUUCCUCACUCUCCAGCUUCCUUACUCUUUCUUUCCUUCUAUUUUUUCUUUCUCUGUCUAUCUCUCCUUUUCUAUCUCUUACAUUUUCUUCCUCUUUCUUUAUCUCUCAUACUCUUUCUCUUUUAUGUUCUUUUAUUAUUAGACCUUGUUGUUUUUCAAAAACUUCUAUUUUUUUUUAGUUCUCUGUGUCUAUUUGCAUGUUCUCAGAGUAUAUUUUUGAGAGUUACAUCUUACAAGUUCUUCAGGUGA